GGGAAACAGGUACUGAGACGUUUGCGGACUCGCGAAGCAUUAAUAUUCCCGGUCAAUUUGCCUAUUCUUCCUCAUAUGCUUGAGGACUACGAUUACAGCUUCUUUCUUGAAAGGUCCACACUGGCUUUCACAAUGGCCAAACCUUCCAUCAGACCCAGCUGGGAAAAUCUCUACCAGCCGCUAACGCUUGAGGUUUGGAUUUCCAUAAUAGUGUCAGUGUUGGUGGUCUACGCGAUCCUCAUGAUGAUGAAACACAGUUCCAAAGGUGACGGACCCAGUGCAUGGUUGGUCAUGAAGCAGGUGCUCGGAACACUGCUGGACGAGGCCAUACCUGGAGAACUGCCGAUGAGGGACUCAACGAGAGUGGCACUGGCGGCGUGGCUGAUCUUCUCCUUCAUCGUGGGAACGGUUUAUCGAAGCAAUCUGACGGCCUGCCUCACCGUGCCCAAGUACCCUCCCCGCGUAGAGAAUCUUGCACAACUUGCUGAAUCUGGAGCAAAGGUCACUGUCGUAACUCUAAUGGGAAUCUUCAACAACAGUUUUAAAUUGUCUGAUUCGAAAGUGCUUCAAGUCGUAUCUGAAAGAAUGGUGUAUGUACCCUCUUACAAGGAAGGAAUGACAAUGGCCCUCACCGAAAAUUCUGCACACAUGUAUGAACGUCUGUACAUGGAGGUGAUGAUUGAAGAACACUUUACGAAAACCGAUGGGUCGACCGAACUCUACGUAACACAAGAAAGUCUCCUGGCAGAUUUUUCUGCCUUCGUUUUGAUCCGCGACGCUCCUUUUAAAGAAAAGAUAGAUUACUGUAUGAUGAUCUUCCACACGGCUGGCUUGAUAGGAAAGUGGAAGAACAAUGCAAUGGAUGAUGUUCGCAGGGACGGUCGAGAAAAGCGAAGAAAAUUAAGAAUUGAGACGGAAGAAGUCAUUGUCACUGCUGAAGGAAUAAUUAAACCCCUCACCAUGGUGCACAUGCAAGGGCCAUUCCUCCUAUAUAUUCUCUGUGCCAUCGUCACCUUCAUUACUUUCCUAGUUGAAGUCAUAAGAGGUCCUUUUCUUCAACGCAACUAGCAGAUCUCUGACUUCCAAAAGUUGCACUUUCCCCUUAGUUUUAGCCACAUUGAAACAUAUGCUUGAUAUUCGCUUUGCAAAAUAUUUUCCGUAUAACACUGACAUCACUUGGGGUAGAUGAUAGCCGAUAGAAAUAUUCAAGUCAACGCACUUCUUUCAUUGGUGGUUGAGUACUCGGAUACCACUGCAGUAAAAGUUCUUGGUUUGAGAUCUGAGGUAGAAGUUCACUGCCUCCGUGAUCUACAUGUCGAUGGAGUAUUGUUGUCCAGCCAGAUUCUUUUCCUCAUAAUAGGGAAGAGAUGAAAGUUACAGGGUACAAGAUUGGUGAAUAUGGCAUGUGAUGAACGAGUUGGGAGACACCUAUAGAUUUUUGCCAUUGCCACUAUCGAGGUGUGGGUUGGAACAUUGUUCUGGCGAAACAGGGUCUUAUUGGUCACCAUUCCUGGCCUGUUUUUCAUGUUCUGCCAGAGAAGUCGCAAGUCGGUGUAGGAUGAAGUGAUGGUGACCCUUUUGGAGAUGGACCGCCAAGAAUGUGCCUCGUGUAUCCCAGACAACAGAUGUCAUGACCUUUCCGGUUAAGACUUGGUCAUUCCUUGGCAUUCUCUGCUGUUUGGUCACAAGACAGGUUGCACAGUUUUCACUGUUCCGGUAUCAGAAUGCAUGGCACCCAGCGACCAGACAUCGUCGAUAAGUCUAGUUUAUUCUUCAUAUUGUCAGCUUGCUCCAAGGAUAUGCACAAUCUGUCUGCUACUUGACGAGAUGACAGAAGUGGAUCCUCCAUAACCAUCGCAAUGACGAUGUCAAGGUUGUCUGGUGCAGACAUGGUCAGUGGUUUCUCUGAUCAUCAAUCGUCUUCGAGGCGCUUCCUAACGCCUCAAUGUUAUUAUGUCAUAAGAGGGAUCACCUCCUUGGUAUGUUCACCAUGCUCUCACUGAUGUCACAUAGGGUUCAAAUAAAAAUACU